AUGCCCAUGGCCAUGUAUAGUGACAUCUCGUCGCCCAUGCAAACGUACCCAGACCCCACGCCCGUGCCGUGGAUGUCUCCGGACGCCAACCAUACCAUUGCGACCCCGCCACCAGCCCAAAAAUGCGGCUACCGCACCGGCAAAUGCUUCAACCUACGCGUGCUCAAGCGCAAUGGCAAGUACCAUAAAUUGUGCGACGAGCACCGUGAACGCGCCAACUGGAACCAAAAGAAACUCGACCACAAGAAGCGCCUGCGCCGCGGCUCGAACGCCCUCUUCUCGUGCAGCGACUCAACCCACCACGCGAUCGACGACUGCCGUCGCAACUCGCCCAGGUCGCCCACGACAUUUGCAUUGGACUUGGACGACCCGCUCGUGUUUGGAUUCGACGAAGCGCAGUUCUUUUGCGAACUCAUGGCGUCCCAUCCCCUCCCGCCGACGGGAGAGCCACACAACCCAAUGGCCGAGGACACCGAGGAAAAUGACCAAGGCGGGACGACACUAUGUCAACCCUUUCCUCGGGCCGUCGACUGCGUUGGCAGCAUCGCAGACGCUGCGCUGCCGUCGUCAGGGGAAGCUCUCGCCCACGACGAAGUCUUUCAUUUUGUCCAGGCGCUGCUUGUCUAG